AUGGAGUCUUUGGCAGUUGUAAGGCUUAUAAUCUUUGUACCAGUCAUGGAUAAAGUCUAUGAACUGGCUUUCAUGUUCGUGCUUGACUACCUCGCUGAGUCGUCGGAUUCGUGGUGGUGGGAACGGGUGGUGUUGGCUGUCUGGAUGUUGAUGACGCUGGUGUUAACAAGGAGCUACGCCGGCAACCUCAUGUCCCUCUUGGCCGUGAGACACAUCCCAGAGCCUUAUCAGUCUAUCGAUGACUUUCUAAGGGACCCAACAGCCACCAUGAUAUGGCAAGCGGGUUCCAGCUUUAAACAAUAUAUUUAUUCAGCUGAGACGGGAACAUACCUUGAGCUUACCGACUUGGAGAAGCAAGGACGCAUUAUCUACUCACCACUGCCGGAACAUCCCCGUCUUGUCGACACCUUGGUGAGGCGUGGAGAUCACGUCCUCAAUGCUCUGCAAAUGUCCAUACGAGUAUACAUGGCUGAAGAGUUCUCGCGUGCCGGUCGCUGCCCUUAUUACGCCUCAAGAGAAGCGAUGCGUCCUAGAAGCAUGGCUAUGAUUGGUCAAAAGGGCAGUCCUCUUGUUUCUGCUUUAAGUAAGAGGAUCACGGCGAUGACUGAAGCUGGGUUAUUCUACCAGUGGAUGAAGAUGGAUAAACCAAAGUCUACCAUCUGUGAUCACGAGCCAAGAAAGAUCUCUGUCAUGACGUCACUUGCCCUUAGCAAUCUCUGGGGAAUGUUCGUCAUCCUCGUCGCUGGAUUCGUAGUUGGGUUAUUGGUGCUAUUUAUUGAGUUUCUAAUGGCUUUUACUUCUCAGUGAUGACUUUUAGCAUCAAUUGGUAAUCAAUUGGCAAAUGGUAUACGUAAGGCAACAGACCUAAAGAUAAACUGCUAUAGGAUUCAUAGUAUUCGCUGCAUGUCGAUAGCUCAGAUUACCAUCCUGAUGACCAAGUGGCUGUUAGUAACACACACACACACACACACCCACACUAAGCUCCUCAGCGUCACCAUAGACCACAAACUAAAUUGGAAACCACACGUCAGUGAAGUU